CAACCUUCAAAAGUUGUUCAGAAUUAAAUAUAUUUACUGCCUAAUGAAAUGACGCGUGAUGCAUUACAAUAGGGUCAGUGGCAAUGGAAAUUAUGGUAAAAUGCCAGCGAACUAUGUCAUUCCAAACUAUGGUAUUCUAAAUGGUUCUAGUCUGGAUGUAACGCCUCUUGAACAUCUAUUCGUUACUAAAUUUUCAAAGCUGACCAUCGAUGAUGAAUACAAAUAUAACCUGGCAUAUCUAGUUACUCAGAAAAAUGGGGUGCAGUCUUCUGAUAAAAGCCCUCAGUGUGAAAAACGGCCAUCAGUCACACCGAAUGCUAAACCAUUUAAUCGGAUUCACUUAAAUGCUGUUCAACUUAAAAAUGAACCACUUGUUCCCAAAGAUUUUCGAAGCUUUUACCGUCCAGCUAACAACAGGAGACAAAAAGCGUUACGUAGCAAAUUUCCUGUACGUCAGGAUUCCCCUAUUUAUAACAGCAGUCCUGAAUCAUGUAACCAAACAACGUCAGACCUAGAUGAUCAAGCAGAAUACGAAUAUAGUCCAUUUAAGAAGACUUUUUCAAAGCCUGUUAUCACGAACGAUUUUACUGAUCACCUUUCGCCGCCAAAAAGAGCUUUAAUCUCACCAGGGACUCACUAUUCAGGUCUAAAUCCUUACAUUUCUGAAUCUCCUCGAAGAACAAAGUUAAAUUUGCCUUCAUGUACACACGACAAUUUUAUGGCUUCAAAUUUUAUAUCCAAUUCCCAAGAUAUGGCUCAACGUUGUGAAAUUCUUCCAAAGUCAAUUAAGCCAUCUGAACAACUGUAUCGAGGCCGCUUGGAAUCCAACAGGUUAAGAGUAAAUGCUGCGAACCAACUAAUAAGAGAUGACUUAUACUCACAAAAUGUUUCUACAAGGGUACAAGCUUUAAAAGCGCCGCUUAAACCAAAGCAAACCGGAUUUACCGAUCAAAUUAGUGAAAAGAAGUCAAGUAGCAGAAAUUCAGACGACCAAAAGACUUCAAGAGAUUCAUCAAGUGAACACAAUCCUCCUGGUCUACGUCGGUCGAUAACAUUUUCUGCUGGACGGUUGUCAAGAAAAUACCAAGAUUUUGCAAUGAAAAGAUUAUGUCAGGGAUCAUUACACAUUCCGUGGAUCGAUCAAAGUCAGUUUACCGAUAUAUGCUUCGAUUGUGGCAAACGGAUAUACCCUGUAGAUCGUAUAUCAACCGGUGAACGAGUUUAUCACAAGGCAUGCUUUCGUUGCGCAACCUGUCAAAGAACUCUACUAGUUGGAAAUUUCGCAUCACUUGAUGGAGUUAUUUUCUGUAAACCACAUUAUAUUGAACAAUUCCGUAUUAGUGCAGGUCGGUAUGAACUUCGUCCAAGUAUUAUUUCUAAGUGAUGGCUAACUCUUCUUCAGCUGACCACCUGCUCAAAUCUGCUCAAAAUCAGUGUGAAACAAAUGCAAUCGAGCUAUUUGUAUGAAUAAUAUGUGAAUAGAAAAUGUUCGUCUUCAUCCUCUAUUACUUAUUUUAAUAAUAAUAGUAAUAUUCACAUAGUAUAUUAAUAUUCACUUACCACCCACACUGUAUAGAAGUGUUGUCAAAUUUUACUGAGGAAAACCAAAAUCGACUAAGAUUGAUCUACACAAUUGCCUUUCGUAAUACAUGAACGGCAGUAGUCUACUCUUCUGUGCUAUAAAUAUUACAGAUGGUGUUUUUUUCAUCUUUAAUACGAGUACUCGUAUGAACAUCCUCUUGAGAAAGUCAAAUUUGUCAGUAAAGACAACAACUACAAACAUAAUAUUCCUUUCAACUGUUCAAUAUAGACUGUAUACCAGUCGUCGUAAACUAAUCAGCUGAUAUCUCAAAGCUUUUCCAUUCAAUAUAUUACACAACCAAACUGAUUUUAAUGAGAUUUUUAUAGAAUUUUUUUUGACAAAUUCCACUCACUCCAACUUUCGUACAACCUAGUAUAU